AUGUCCGACGAGCAGGCGAAGGCCGCAGCUGCGGCUGCCCAGGGGGCGGCGGAGAGCGGCGAGCCGACCAUCUUCGACAAGAUCAUCGCGAAAGAGAUCCCCGCGACCAUCAUCUACGAGGACAGCAAGGCGCUCGCAUUCCGCGACAUCAGCCCCCAGGCACCGGUGCACUUCCUCGUCAUCCCAAAGGACAGAGACGGUCUCGUGCGCUUGGCGAAGGCGGAGGAGCGCCACAAGGAGCUCCUCGGCCACCUGAUGUGGGUUGCCAGCCAUGUAGCUUUGCAGGAGGGCGCGACAGAUGGGUUCCGCGUCGUGGUCAACGACGGGCCCAGCGCGUGCCAGUCCGUCUACCACCUCCACCUGCACGUCAUGGCCGGCCGCCAGCUCACGUGGCCGCCGGGGUGA